AAAAAGGUGGAGAUGGACUGGGCCCGAGAGGCUGCGUCCGGUCGCGGGGGUCCCGUCCCAGCAGAAGGGGCGUCGGCGGCAAGCCGGCGGGGGCGGCUGCCGGAGGAGGCGAGGAGGCCAGCCGACCGCCGCCCCUGCUCCGCCGCGCAUGUCCCUGAGCUCUGUCCCGGCCGGGCGGCCGUCAAGGCGGCGGCGCCAACCCGUCGCGGCGCCCAACUACCCCGUGGCUGCCACCCAGGAAGCGGAGCGGCCUCCGCUGAGGGCCUGGGGCCUGCGCAGGACGCCAGUCCAAGCUACACUGUCAUCCUUGAAGAUGUUAGAUGUGGAGAAGUGGUCAAUCUUUUCCCUUUGUUCUCAUGAAGAGCUGCAGUUAAUUCGUCAGGCUUGUGUCUUUGGCAAUGCUGGCAAUGAAGUCUUAUAUACUACAGUAAAUGAUGAGAUUUUUGUGCUUGGUACAAACUCCUGUGGCUGUUUGGGGCUAGGUGAUGUCCAGAGUACCAUUGAACCUCGGAAACUGGAUUCUUUAAGUGGUAAAAAGAUAGCCUGCCUCAGCUAUGGGAGUGGUCCACAUAUUGUCCUUGCAACAACAGAAGGAGAAGUCUUUGCCUGGGGUCAUAAUGCUUAUAGCCAGCUGGGCAAUGGGGCAACUAAUCAUAUCUUAGUGCCCUGUCACAUCUCUACUAAUUUGUCAAACAAACAAGUCAUUGAAGUUGCCUGUGGGUCUUACCAUUCUUUGGUGUUAACAUCUGAUGGAGAGGUAUUUGCCUGGGGUUAUAAUAACUCUGGGCAGGUAGGAUCUGGAUCAACAGCUAACCAGCCCAUCCCUCGAAAAGUCACUGGCUGCUUACAGAAUAAAGUAGUUGUAAACAUCGCAUGUGGGCAGAUGUGCUCAGUGGCAGUGCUAGACUCUGGGGAGGUCUUUGCCUGGGGUUACAAUGGGAAUGGGCAACUCGGUCUUGGCAGCAGUGGCAACCAGUCAAAUCCCUGUCGAAUAGCGGCUCUACAAGGCAUUCGUGUCCAGCGGGUUGCCUGUGGCUAUGCACAUACAUUGGUAUUAACUGAAGAAGGCCAAGUGUAUGCCUGGGGUGCAAAUUCUUAUGGUCAGUUGGGCACUGGCAAUAAAAGUAACCAGUCUUACCCUACGCCUGUUUCUGUGGAAAAGGACAGGAUCAUAGAGAUUGCAGCCUGCCACUCUGCACACACCUCUGCAGCAAAGACGCAGAGCGGCCACAUCUACAUGUGGGGCCAAUGCCGGGGCCAGUCAGUCAUCCUGCCUCACCUCACCCACUUCUCCUGCACAGAUGAUGUGUUCGCCUGCUUCGCCACCCCUGCUGUCACAUGGCGCCUCCUGUCUGUGGAACCUGAUGACCACCUCACAGUGGCUGAGUCAUUAAAGAGGGAGUUUGACAAUCCUAAUACUGCAGACCUGAAGUUUCUGGUGGAUGGAAAGUACAUUUAUGCACAUAAAGUCCUUCUUAAAAUCAGGUGUGAGCACUUCCGUUCUUCUUUUGAAGACAGUGAAGAAGACAUUAUAGAAAUGAGUGAGUUUUCCUAUCCUGUCUAUCGUGCCUUCCUGGAAUACCUGUACACAGACAGCAUCAGCCUCUCUCCUGAGGAGGCAGUAGGACUGCUCGAUUUGGCUACAUUUUAUAGAGAAAAUCGUUUGAAAAAGCUCUGCCAGCAAACUAUCAAGCAAGGGAUCUGUGAAGAGAAUGCCAUUGCUCUGCUCUCAGCUGCUGUGAAGUAUGAGGCUGAGGAUUUAGAAGAAUUCUGCUUCAGGUUCUGCAUAAAUCAUUUAACUGUAGUAACACAAACUUCAGGCUUUGCAGAAAUGGACCAUGAUCUCCUGAAGAACUUUAUCAGCAAAGCGAGCAGAGUUGGAGCUUUUAAAAAUUGAUCCUCACCUGCAGAAAAGAAUUUUCAAAAGCAUUUUUCUUUUCCUUGCAAAAUCCUGAGGAUAACUUCUAUCUAACAGUAUUCAUGAUGAGCUACCACUUGGCUAAAAACAUACAUUUUAUCAAAAGAGGAUAGUAGCCUGUCUUCCCCAUUUGCUAAAAUCCAAAGUUUACAGAGAACAUAUUAAGUGUUACCAUAUGACUGUGCUCAAGGGGGAAAAAAAUGUCUUAUUGUAGUUGCUAUUUCUUCUUUCAAAUCUUUUGAGUUGGACAUUUUGGUAUAAUUAUGUGCUUUCUGAUGAAAUGUUCCAUUAUUCAGCAAGAUGAUAUCACAUAUAUAGCUUGUCAAAGGAAGCUGUCACUACUCUAUUUCUGUAUCCAGCAAAGUGCCUUGCAUACAAUAGGAACUCAGUCAAUUUAUUACAAAGAUAAAGUAUACUCUAAGAACAGCUUUAUUUGUGUAAUACUGGAUGAAGGUUUAAUUUGCACCCCAAAACCAUUUGAAAUAGUUGGCAGUUACCGAGAUUCAUAUUUCCUCUGGUACAUUGUUCUGAGAUGCAUUAAUUAGAACUUAGAAAGCCUUGGCAAUUAAAUUGCCAAAAGCCCAAGGGCUAAUUCUAAUUUUCUAUUUAAUCUGAGUCAUUAAUUGUUAUAUGAAAUUAUUGAUAAGCAGUACUGUCCUUAAAUGAACAUCGUUUCUGGGCUUAGCUGCCUUACCUAAUUUCAGAAUAUACUGUUUUUUUGUGUUGAGAGAUUUGCCUCAAGUAAAAAUCAUUGUUUUUAUUGCAGUCAACUUUUAUGCCACUGUAACCAGGUCUCUUAGCAUGGCACAGUAUAAAGUACUGAGAAGGAACUAAUACACUUCAUGGAUGACUUUAACAAGAAUGAAAUAAUUUUAUACUUUUUACAUCAAGUUACCCAACUAUGAAAGAGGAAAUGGAACAGGAUGUAGGAUACAGUGUCUAAUUCUUCUAAUAUAUAUUUUACAAUAUAUUACAUAAGCAAAACUUUUGAAAUUAGAAACCUUAUUCUGAUGAUGAACUAUUUGAUAAUUAAAGUGUUUAUUUACAAAUAAUAAUGGUUUAUUUCCUAGGAAGUGACAAAAUGAUCUUUUAUGUCUUACAUAGUUUAGAUAUACAUAAAUCCAUUUGAUAUAAGCUUAUAAUUUAAAGCAGCAACUCAGAUAAGGUGUUAUAGGAAGCCUACCCUGAAACAUAGUUCAGACAAUUGCCAUUUACAUUAUUGUCCGUGACUGCCUUUUAUUGAUGAUGCUCUUCAGUUUUUAUUUUUUAUACUUUAUCUAGUAGAGGAAAAGUAGUCUAGAUGUUUAUAGCUGUGAAUCAGAAUCCUACUUUCAGGACUAUGGCUUUAUUCAAUUACUUAUUUUAAACAUUAGCUAUAGGGCUGGGUGGUGACACGCCUGGCUGAGUGAAUGUUACAGUUUGCAAGGACCCCACCUGUAGGGGCAAGCUUUGAGUGGUAAAACAGUGUUGUUGUUGGUCUGUCUCUCUCUCUAUUUUCUCUCUCUAUUUUCUCUCUCUAUUUUCUCUAUUUUCUCUCUCUCCCUCCCUCCCCCUUCCCCUCUCCUUGAAUUCUCUCUAUCCAAUAAGUAAAAAUUAGCUAUAUACCAUUGCUUUUCAUUUAUUGGUAUUUUUGCCAUUCUAUCUAGCAAAGAAAUCUUUAGUCUUAGCUCUUUGUUUUAUUUUGAACUACUGCUAUCAAUAGUUCUGGUAGAUAACCACAACUUCCCUUUCUGUCCUUUCCUCCUUCUCCUCUGCUAGCUGAUUAAAAUCUUUAUAUCACUACACUAUCUUCCUAACUUCUAUAUCAUCACAAUGUUUUCCAUACCUUUUCUUUAUUCCCUAUUUCUGACAGGGUUUUCUGUCAGUGCCUCUUUCCUUCAUUAACUCAUUUCAUGUGAAAAUUAGAACUAGAAGGGAAAUAAAUUUAGACAUGAAAAAUGGAGUAAUUUAAUUUGUCCCAAAGGGACUAUCCUUUACCAACUUUACAUUGGGUUAAUAACUAGACUUCCAGAAUACAGAUAUUAAGGACUUUUAUUCUGAUUUCCUCAGCUUUGUCAUUUGUACUGCCAUUUAUCUUAUGGCUCUUUUUGUUGUUAUUUUGCAUCUUGUAGUCUUGACAAGACUACAUGAUUUAGAAAUACAAAUUCUUUCUUCAAAAUGAAUUACCAUAUCUCCUGCUCCACCCCCCAAUUACCUCUGAAGUUCACUUGACUUCCUUCUCCCUUGCAGAGCACCUCCAUUCCCUUUGAUAACCCCAGUUCUGCACUCCCAGCCCAAAGUUUUGUCUUUAUUUGACUUGUUCCCUUGCCUUUCUUUAUCUCAUAUGACUAAAAGUAUUAUGUAGUUUGCUCUGUAUAAAUCCCUUUAUUUCUUAUAAGACUGGUUAAUAUUAAACAAUUCCUUUAACAUUGUCA